CCGCGUCCUCCGAGCACCGACCAAUGAUCAGUCUGUGUCCGGACGCCGCGGGGAGAGCAUCUCUGCGGGACGGGUGGUUGCAGCAUGGAGUUCCUGCCAGCGCUCUUCCUGGUGGCUCUUGUGACACCCAGUGACCAACAGAAGAUCACUUUAACCCAGGGAGAGAUUCUGGGCACGGAAGAGGUAGACGAAACGGGCAGUUUAUAUCACGCGUUCAGGAGCAUACCCUAUGCCCAGUCUCCCACAGGCGAUCUCAGGUUCAAGGACCCGGUGCCAGCCAAGGGGUGGGAUGGGGUCAGGGAUGGCAGCCUGACCCCGCCCCUUUGCCCCCAACUUGACCUCGCUCUUUAUCACGCCGGGAAGAAGGUCAUUCGAGGUCAAGAAGACUGCCUCUACCUGAAUGUAUUUACCCCAAAGGAUUCGCAUACCAAACUCCCAGUCAUGGUAUGGAUUCACGAAGGAGCCUUCAUGGUGGGCGGGGCUUCCCACCUUUCGCCCGGCCCACUUGUCUCCAGGGGCGUGGUUCUGGUUACUCUGCACUAUCGUCUGGGCACUUUAGGAUUUCUGUCAACGGAGGACUCAGUGCUUCCCGGAAACCUCGGACUCAAGGAUCAGACGCUGGCCCUUCGUUGGGUCAAGGACAACAUCCGUGACCUCGGCGGCGACCCGGAAAAGGUCACGGUCUUCGGAGUGAGUUCCGGGGCGGCGGCGGCACACUUCCAGGUCCUCACGCCGUAUGCCAAAGGUCUUUUCCACCGAGCUAUCCUGCAGUCUGGGUCAGGACUCUGUUCCUGGGGUUCACGCGCCGAUCACAGGGAGGUCGCGGUCAAAGUAGGUCAGCUGGUGAACUGUUCGAAGGCAGGGUCGACGACGGAGAGCCUGGACAGCAAGUCGCUCCUCGCCUGCCUCCAGAAGACGCCCCUGGAAGAGCUGGUCGCCGUUCCCCAGGCCUUCGCGAUUUGGUCGAAUGAGCCCCUAGUGAUGCUGCCUCGAGUGGAUGGCGACUUUUUGCCCGAUUUUCCCGCCACUUUGCUCAAGAACAAUCGGUAUAACAAGGUCGAUCUUAUUGCAGGCGUGACGGCACACGAGGGGGCUUUUGUUGCAAAGUGUGAGUGUUUUUUGUUCUUGAUUAUUUUUUAAAGGUCUAGUGGAUUA